UGCUGCGACAGCAAAACAGUGAUCAAACAAUUUGUUUGUGGCUAUAGGCUCAGUGUUCAUUUAUAAUAAACUUUGGAAGAAUUUAACUUCAGUCUUCUAGAAGCACCUUGGCCCCUGCUUCCAGUUCAGUCGCACCUUUAUUGUGCUGAUGACAACGCUGUCCGACAUAUUGACAUUCGGUGUGAAUACGGAACUGUUACACUAAAAACUGCGAAUGGCUGUUUACCAUCAAGAACACGAUCAAGAUCGUGAUAACACAGGAUUAUCAGACGAGGCAGAACCAUCAAGACAAACGGAGUGCAAACAUGAUUUAAGAAUUCUUCUUGUUGGAAAAACUGGCCAUGGCAAAAGUGCAACUGGGAACACCCUCCUCGGAAUCACGAGAGAAAACGGAUUCUAUGAUAAAAAGAGUCGUGUUUCUGUUACAGAGAAGUAUAAAAGGCUGGUAGAAACAAGAUUUGGAAGAAAAUUAGAAGUUGUGGACACUCCUGGAAUAUUUGAUACAUCCACUGAGCAUGCAUUUGUUUAUGAACAAAUAGUCCAAUGCAUAGGAAUAACAUUGCCAGGCUUCAAUGCUAUCUUCUUAGUACUUAAUUCAGAAGAUCGGUUUACAUCAGAAUUGGUAAAAACUGUUGACAUUUUCUUUAAAUUGUUUGGAAAAGACGUUGAUGACUACGUUUUUGUCCUUUUUACCCGUAUGGAAUCAGAAGAUGAAUUGAAAAACUUCAUAAAAGACGGUGACAAAAAGCCAGAUGAUGAUGGAGAGAAGGCAUUUCAAGAGCUUAGAAAACGAUGUAAAGACAAACUGUUGUUCAUUGAAAACAAAGCUUCCAAAGAUGAAAAGGAAGAAAUGGUUUGGAAUAUUUUAAAAGCAGUGGAUGAAGCCAAUGCCAAAGCAUCAAGACCAUACUUUCGAAACAAAAUCACCAGAGAGCUGGAAAGAAAAGCAAAAGACUUUUAUCAGAUACAUGUCUGUGGUUUGGGAUCUGACCGGUCAAAAGAGGAUCUAAGAAUUCUCCUCUUUGGACUACCUGGCCAUGGAAAAAGUGCAACUGGGAACUCACUUCUGAGGACAAGCUUGUUUAAUGAAAAUGCUUCAACACAGAUGAACACAGCAAUACAGAACCAAAGUUGGGAAAGCAACGGUCGUAAAGUACAGAUUUUGGAAUUCCAAGUGAUUGAUCCCUCCAGCCAAAGUGAUGAAGAUUUUAAGGAGCAACUUUUACAAGCAGAGAAAGAUUUGCAUCCCGGAUUUCAUGCAGUUUGUUUUGUAAUUGAUCCAAACAGAAUCACGGAUGUAAAAGACCAAUUCCAACGAUUCAUGGAAUACUUUGGAGAUGAUGCUAAUGAUUACGCUUUUGUAAUCAUGACUUUUACUAAAGAUGAAGAUGAACUUGAAAAACACUUCCAUGCCAAUGUUGGGGGAAAACAUUCGGAAGUUGAACCUGUAUUCAGGUUUUGUAAAGAUAAGGAGCUUUACAUAGACAAUAAGGGUUCACAAACAGAAAAGGAAGAAAUUAUAAAGGAUAUAUUCACUUCCAUUGACAGUGCAAAUGCAAGAAAGCUUUCUCCCUGCUUCAGUUCACGUUUUAAACAAGUAAAAACUGAAGAAGCUGCUAAAGCUGCUGAAGCUGCUAUUAAAGCUGCUGAAGCUGCAAGAGAUGCUGAAAUAAAGCACAAAGAAGAACUUCUAAAAGCUGAACGCGAGGCUUUAAAGGCAUUAAAAAAACAAAUCACUGAACAAAACAUUAAAGCUGCUGAAGCUGCUCACAAAAGGGAACUUCAAAGGAAGCGUGAACUUUAUAAAACAAAACAGAAAAUGGCUAAGCUUACUUUAAAGGCUGAACAGGAUGAGGAAGAUCGACAGGAGCGUAAAGCUUAUGAAGCAGAACAAAGAAGGGCAAGGCAGGAAGAGGAUGAGCGAAGGGAGAAAAAAUAUUAUAGAGAAGAACAAAGAAGAGAAGAGUUGGAAAUGGAAUUGUAUAAAAUGAAGCUUGAAAAUCAAAAAUCAUCAUGUAUAAUUCAGUAAAUUCAGUGAAAAGUUGUAUCAUAUUAUGAAGGCAAUAGUGUCAUUUAAUUUAUAAUUUAUAUGGUAGAUAUGUUACAAUUAGUGUUAAUCUUAUUCAAAAUACUUGAUUUUAUGUGAUGACAAAACAACAUAUUAAGUGUUCUUCACUCGAAAAUAUUAUAGGUUUAAACUAAAAUAUUAAGCAUAAAGACAAUAAGGCAAAAAUAAGACAAACAAGAAAUAUCUUUAAAAAAGAUAUACGGCGUUGAUUGUGGUUGGCGUUUGAGAAAGGUAAAGAGUUCAAUGAAUGAGAUCAUGGAAAGCGAAUGUCUUUUUCUGUGCAGUUCUUAGCUGCAUCACAUGAAGUUAGGGAUGUUACGCAGAGUUUUCGCGGCUUAUUUUACAUUAUUACAUAUUGCUGGUCAUAAACCUAUAUAUACAAAACAGACAAGGGACAAAUUUGUCACAAAACCAGGUUUUCAGUUGAAAAAAAGUCUGAUAAAGGGAGACAAUUCAAACUGAACUGAUUGUUUAAAAUUUACCCCAUUUGUUUAAAAAUAAAUCUAUUUUUAGUCCUGGCGACCUUGACCUUGGAGAUAUACACGUAAUUCUUUUGUGCGACACACCGUCCAAUGAUGGUGAACAAAUGUGCCAAAUGAUUUUAAAAUCUCAAAAUGAAUGAUAUAGUUAUGGCCCAGACAAGCUAAUUUAUGGCAAUUUUUGACCUUUGAACUCAUAUUGUGACCUUAACCUUGGAGAUAUCGUUGUAAUUCUUUCGCGCAACACCGUCUCAUGAAGUUGAACUAAUGUGCCAAAUGAUUUUAAAAUCUCACAAUGUACGACAAAGUUAUGGCCCGGACAAGCUUGUUCCGCCUGCCCAUCCGUCUGCCGACAUGCGCCAAUCUAAUAACCAGUUUUUUCCUUCGGAAAACCUGGUAAAAAACACCAAUAUGAAAUACUAAUGGACUAUUGCAUGUCUGUGGUGCUCCAGUGGUUUGUAUAGCACAAAGUGAUUGUUUGAUGCAUUUCACAAUACAAAACAACAUUUUGAUGCAUCCAUUCAACAAAUUAAGUAUAAAUUCAAAUUUUCCAAAUUCAUGACACUAUAUUUUCAUAUAUACUUUUAACUCUCUGUACAGCUUGCUGUAUAAACCAUACAAACUUUGCUUUCCUUUGUGGUAACCAAUAGCAAGUGUGCCUUCUCAAAUUGUUGCCAAGAAGGUUGUAUUAUCCUCUGGGUUGUGUAUGUUAUGUCAUUUAAGAAGAUAUUGAUGUAUGUAUCGUGUGGAUAUGAAGAUUUAAUGCAUGACAUUUUUCUCUUCUUGCUUUUUACCAUUGAACAAGAUUCUUGUUUUGUACAUUGUUGUGUAGAUAUUUCAGUAUUAGCUCUAUUGCUGGCGUGACUUGUAUCCUUAGCACAUUAAUGAUGUGAACAUUGAAAACUUAUUUGCACUUACAUUCCAAAAUGUAAAUAUAAUACAUGUAAAACUUGUUUCUUGUGUAUGUUUGUUGGAUAUAAACUGAGACAUGAGAUUGCCAAGCAAUAUUGUCCCCUACCGGUGAAACUCCACCAUUGUCAGUAUUUUUUUUUCUUUACAUUUGUUACUAUAGCAACCACAAUUUUUGAUGUAGGAACAAAAUGAAUUGACAUGCAUAAUCUCUAUAUUGCCAUCUGUCCAUGUUUCAAGUUUCAUGAAAAAAUAUGAAGAACUUUUUAAGUUAUUGCAGGAUCCAGAAAAGUGUGACGGACUGACAGACUGACAUACAGAGCGCAAACCAUAAGUCCCCUCCGGUAGGGUACAAAAAGCUUGUCUACAUGCGUAUUAUUGAUAUGAACAUAAGGUACCUUUCUCCUGUAGAUGCUUCUGAUUAAAAAAUUGCUUUUCCCCUAUAUAAGUUACUGAUUAGAAUAAUGCAAGGGCAGCUUUCUCCUGUCUGUGAUACUGAUUUCAGCAUUCGUACAUUUUCCCCUGUAUAUGUUACAGAUGAGAAAUGUAGAAAGCUUUUCUCCUGAGAAUGUUACUUAUAAUGUGAAUUAUAAGUGAAUACUUAAUCCCUUCUUAUGUUGAUAUUAAUGACAUCCUAUCUUUAUUUCCAAGUUGCUUAUUGGAAUUGUCAUUGCAAUUAAAUCCUAAUUUAAUUUCCAUAUAACAUUAGAGCUGUCAAUAAUCAUGUUCAUGCGAAUGUAUGAUAACCAGGGAUCAUAUUUUUUUCGGUUUUGUCGGUCCUAGACCGAUUGGGGUCAUGAAAGACCGAUUGAAAAUCCCAAACAGUCGGUCCUAUUCUGUUUGCUAAAAUUCCCAUGUCAUGAAAUUGAUUACACAGUGAGCAUGCUAACACCCCCUAUUUACAUUCUUAUCUCGAUUAGGUGUGAUAUACCAUUCGCUGCAGUCUCUAAACCGGUCAGGACCAGUUUAUUGCAUGUCAGCCUACUAGUAUGACCCCAAGCAGCGAAGAUUCGCGCGGUUGUGUAUUAGUCAUGCGUGAAUAACCCGUGUCAAUAUCAAUCCAUAAUUUCAAUGGCUUAUACCCAGCACACUAAUUAAUCGGUCCGUAAUGUCAACUCGUCCACGAUAAAAUCGUUGACAGUUACUUCGGAGAUGGAAAUCUUGAUGUUAUCCUCGUGGAAAUUGUGCAUUUCUUGCAUGAAACAGUAAACUUUCAUAUAAACAAAGAAGAAAAUCAGAUAUUCUGCAAUAAUUGUGGGCGGACCUUAUACACUGAAAGCACGCGCUGUAACUAAACAAAUCAUGCCGAUACAUUUUCCACCAGCGUAAUAAUCCGGCAAUAAAUGAAUGAAAGUCGCGGAUCUGAUCGACAGAACAGCCGAAAGUUAUUUUAUGGGCGGAACUUCACACAAGUACACAAGAAAAAUAAUAUACAUUGUAUAAAGCUUUAGUAAAAAUCGUGUUAGAAUCGAAAUAAUUUGUGUACUUUAUUGUUUGUUGUUGAAUAACCACGACCGGAAGUUUAGAUGCGUGGUAUCAACUCACACAGAUUAAUAAUAUUGACAACAAUGAAAAAAAGUCAGAUAAAACAGCACACGAAAAACAGAGCGUAUAUUGACUCAUCUAGAGUCCGUGCACGAAGCAACAAUGAAAUAGCAAAUGAUAAAACCAAUUGAGAAAACUCGUAUUUACCGUUUAAAAAAAUGCCUAAGGGAAUUAAACUUUAACUUUUAUAUACCACCUUCAUGAAUGGCAAAAUCAAUUGUAUAUAUUUUUACGUAAUUUGUCAUGAUUUCGGAUAUAAAUUUUCGGACACAUUUUCCCCAGUUAAAUCCAGACCGAUUGAUGUUGCCGGAAAAUAUGAUCCCUGAUGAUAACAUAACUUUAUUUCCAUGUUAUGUUAGAACUGUAAAUGAUUUAUGUGUAUGUAUGAAAUCCAACAUACUAGAACUGUCAAUGCAUAUGUUUAUGUGUUUGUAAUAUCAUGCCAACAUUGACCUUAUGCUGACCUGUAUGCUUUAAAAUAUUUAAGAAAUGUCAUAAUGAAUACAUAAGCUUUUGUCAUAGAGUUUGAUUUGGCGAAUAAAAAGAUAUCCCUCUUAUUUACUAUUAUGAUAUGAUUCAUCAGCUGAAACAUGUGCACAAUUACAUGUUUAUAUAUACCGUAGGUUUCCACGUAUAGCGCGCCCCCGUGUAUUAAGCGCGCAGGCUGUUUUUUAAAUGCAAACAUGGAGAAAGAAAUAUUUAAAGACAAAACAACCACCAAAUCGGACCGAAAAUGGCCGCCAUUUUACUAUUGCACAAUCCAAUAAUCCGGGGCAUUGGAAAGCUUAAUUAAGCAUUCAAAAUAGGAAGCGUCAUUAUGAUUAGGAGCAUGGGUUGCAUAGCACUUUACUUUUCUGACAAUUUUGUGAUUUUCUAGCAAAAGAUUAAUAGUCCAUGUGCAUUUCGUGAAAAAAGUGAGAAAAUAAGAAUUAGUGAACAUCGUGUGAUAUUUACUCGGGGAAAGCAUGGGCAUUACCGGUAAAUUUGAAUGUUGCAUGGGAGACGGGAAUACAGUUGUUGAGGUACACCACUGUUGAACGUUCAAUAUUUAUACACACAAAAUGCAAUUGCAUAUCUUCACGUUUUCAAGUGUCAAUUAGUGUCUCAAAUGUCAAUUAGCGUCUUAACAAGUCGUGGCACAUAUUACUCAAUAACAUCUGCCAAUUACAAAGUGCAAAAUGACCCCCUUUCACACCUACCGUUACUUGCAAAAAAGACCUCGUUCGCACCUACCCUUGCCUGCUCUCCGGAAUGUCGACAACAAUCCCCAUCGGAAUUCAUCAAUAAAAUAGUGUAAAAACACAAACAAAGAAAUGUCCGCAAGUUUAUUCAAACAAAUAUAUUUUUGACCAAAACUUCUUCUACCGCAUUCAUAUCUACCAGUAGCAACUUCUUUUUGUUUCGACAAUGGCCCCUCAGUCUGUACGAUUAUAGGGCGGUAGUUUUCUGGAAAAAACAUUGCGGCCAUUUUGAUAAUUUACGAUUACACAACAUUUUUUUACCAAUUUAGCAGCCAGGAUAGCGCUGUAUCAAUGUAUAGCACGCACCAGCUUUUUAAUUUGAAUUUUGGAGGUAAAACACUGCGCACUAUACGUGGAAACCUACGGUAUGACAAAAUCUGGGCAUGGUAUGUUUGGUUAUAGUGUACAAAGUUUCACAUAGAAACAGUAAAAAACCUAUGUACAGUUAAUCAUUUGUAUAUAUAUUAUACUAAUGGUGUUUGUUUGUGUUGUACUGAGUUGAACAUUUGAUUAUUUUCAAGCUUUUGUAAAAUUGUUGUAUGCAACUAUUAUUAUUUUGCUAUAAUUGUUAAAACAAUUUUUGAUAAAAUCAAAUAGCUUUAAAAACAUACAUGCAAAAGAUGAGAGCCAUUGAAAGAAUGUUUGUUGGAAAACAAAAAAAUAUAUAUAUAUAUAUGCAUAGUGUGAAUUUAUAGCUGUGUUUUCUCUUUAUGUAAUGAAUGGUAACACUGAAACAGGACACAAAUGUGUAUGAUAGGAAUGAGAGCAGGAAAAAAAGAAUUAAAAUAUAUAAAAUAAAUAAAAUACAAAAAAAAUGCAUGAAUAUGAUUUUUAAAAGCUUCAAAAUGAAUAGUUAUCUAUAUAAAAAAAAUGUAUUGUUCAUAGAGUAUCUUCAUAAUUAUCUUUCUUUAUUAUUGUAUACAUGAUCAUGCUAUACAAAAAAUAAAGGAAGAUAUAAGUACACAUUUCAUCUGGUCCUCUAUUACAAUCUCAUUCUAUCCAAUUUUUACACUGCUUUGAGAUUUUGCAGUUUGGUUCUGAUGACUUAAGAACUUGGCACAGACAUUUUAGUGUUUGUAAUAUUAUUACAAACAUACUGGUAACAAGAGCUUUCACCAUAGGAUGACAUAUAUGCCCCCUAUAAACGCUUUGAUAGAAGUUAUAGCAUUUUUUGAAACCUAAACGCAGAUUUCGAAACCUAAACGCGGACCCUAAGUUCAAGGUCAAGGUCACAGGGGUCAAACUUUUUGUGCGUAUGGAAAGGCCUUGUCCAUAUACACAUGCAAACCAAAUAUGAAGGCUUUAUCUCAAGGGACACAGAAGUUAAUGAGCAUUUUUCGAAACCUAAACGCAGAUUUCGAAACCUAAACGCGGACCCUAACUUCAAGGUCAAGGUCACAUGGGUGAAAAAUUGUGUGCGUAUGGAAAGGCCUUGUUCAUAUACACAUACAUACCAAAUAUGAAGGUUAUAUCUCAAGGGACAUAGAAGUUAUGAGCAUUUUUCGAAACCUAAUCGCAAAGUGUGAAGGAAAGACGGACAGACGGACGGACAGAUGGACGGACAGUCCGAUCACAUUAUGAGAUUGUAUAUAUAUACUUAAGCUUUCAAACAUUAACCCGACAUUGUUUAUGUUGCAUCCAUCAAGGACCAAAUUAUCCACUUAUUUAUCGAAGCUGCAUUUGUCUUAAUGAUAUUUAGUGGUUUAAAUUGCAUGGUUCAUAUUAGGUCAAAAACAUUCCAGCAGAAUAUGGUUUUAGUUGUAAGAGUUGCACUUCAUAGUAUGUUUCAACAACGAAAUUCAACCAUUGCAGUUUUUCUAUCAUUGAAAUCCAUUUCAUUAUAAAAAAGGGGUAGAGAACACACAGGCCAACUUGGUCCUUGUCCUUAUAUUAAUAGACACAAAGAUUCGUUAUAUAGAUAUUUCUAUUUCUAUUUUGUCAUAGGGACCUCUGUAUGUUUUUCUGUUGUUUGUGGUGCAAGGUGUUUUAUUAUUUAUUAUUAUGAUUUACUAAUUAUUAUAUUAAAGGGGCAUAAUCAUGAUUUUUUACAUAAAUUAUCUGCGUAAAAUAGUAGCAAUUUUACCUUUAAAACAAGUAUUUGUAUUCCAUUGAAAUCCAUGUAAUUUAUUUACGAAACAAGUUAAGUGUCUUUUUAUUACAAAAUCAAACUAUUCAGAUUGUUUCAAACAUAUAAUAUUUUAUUUUAAUGUCAAAGUCAAUGUAUAUAUGUGCAUAUAACAGCUUAAUUUGCUUUUAAUGAACUAUUUUUUCUACACCCAGUACAUUUUUUAUGCAAUUUACCAUUAGUAUGCCCCUUCAAUGAUUCCAUGGGCCAUGUGAUUAUUUUAUUGGUCUGCAUAGCUUUGUCUGUAAAACUGACUUUAUCUAUACAAUAUUUAUUGGAAAUAGUAAUGGCGUUGAAAAAUGGUUUCAGAUAAAGACAUGAAACAACCAAAUGUUGGCCUUCAAAAUUAUGUAAAGAAAGCAAGAUAAAACAAUAUGCGUUUGUGAAACACAAUGUCCCCCUAUAUGACGUUUGACCUUGAAGGAUGACCUUGACCUUUGAAGGAUGACCUUGACCUUUCACCACUCAAAAUGUGCAGCUCUAUGAGAUACACAUGCAUGCCAAAUAUUAAGUUGCUAUCUUCAAUAUUGCAAAAGUAUUCAUAAAAUAAGCCAUUUGGGCCACAUAUAUUUGACCUCUGACCUUGAAGGAUGACCUUGUUCUUUCACCACUCAAAUUGUGCAGCUCCAUGAGAUACACAUGCAUGCCAAAUAUCAAGUUGCUAUCUUCAAUAUUUCAAAAGUAUUCAUAAAAUAAGCGAUUUGGGCCACAUAUAUUUGACCUCUAACCUUGAAGGAUGACCUUGACCUUUCACCACUCAAAAUGUGCAGCUCCAUGAGAUACACAUGCAUGCCAAAUAUCAAAUUGCUAUCUUCAAUAUUGCAAAAGUAUUCAUAAAAUAAGCGAUUUUGGCCACAUAUAUUUGACCUCUGACCUUGAAGGAUGACCUUGACCUUGACCUUUCACCACUCAAAAUGUGCAGCUCCAUGAGAUACACAUGCAUUCCAAAUAUCAAGUUGCUAUAUUCAAUAUAGCAAAAGUUAUUGCAAAAUGUUAAAGUUGGCGCAAACCAACCAACCAACAGACCAAACAACAGACCAACAGACAGGGCAAAAACAAUAUGUCCCCCACUACUAUAGUGGGGGACAUAAAAAACAUGCCUUGAAGAAAACCAGCAUCAAUUUGACAAUUUUAUUGCUAGCCCAUGGGAUCUUUGUUUUUGGUUUUGUAUGUAUCUGUUUGAGAGGCCUUUUUUAUAAUACUAUUUGUGUUCUAUGUAUAAAUAACACAAUGUUCAAGAAUUCAACUUAAGCUGGAUUGACAUUUCACAAAAAUGCAUAAAGAUCUCAGUUAACAAAGGCUACAGGAUACUGAAUAUUUUAAAAAGGAUUACUUUAAUAUUCAUAAGUAUUAAAAUACUUAUAAAGGGUUUGGAAUGGGUAUACUCAUGUAUAUUAUAUGUUUUAUUGUUUCAAUUUUACCAAUAUAUAACAAAUGUUCAUAUUGACAUGUGGCAAACAUUAGGAACCAAAAAAGAACAGCACCUCAAUGCUCUUUCCGUCUUGGUUUUAGCACUGAUCAAAAACAAUGAGAAUCUAAACAGGGCUCAUAUUAUUCCACCAAUUCUUAGGAUUAAGAAUAAAUAAUAGAUUCAAAUUCAAUAACAAAAACUUUCCAGUUUGUAUAUAUACAAAGCAACAAUGCUAGUGUGUCAUUCAACAUAUUUUCCUUAUUUCUUAAUUAAUAAUGUAGAGGUGGUAAAAGUUAAUAAUUAUAGACUCAAUACCAAAACUCUAACAACAUAAUUUAAAUAAAAUCAACAUAAAAUGCUUCAUCUUAAAUCUAAGAGUAAGCUGGUCAUAUGGUCCAAGAAAAUAAUUGUAGUCAAUCCAUGUAGUACCUUUGUAUUUUUGAAAACAAAAUUAUAUAUUGUUAUCACGUAAAAACAAUUUUUCAAUAUUACUACAUUUGUUCCAGAAGACCUAUACAAUCGCAAUAAGUAUUUUUUUUUACAGAAAGUGUGACUAUUCCCACACACAGUUUUGUUGAUACUUCACGUUGUUUUAGCAUUGAAAUGUCUGUAUGUGUACACAAUUGCAUUCUGUGCCUUCCAGAAGUUUUUAAUUUCAUUGUUUUAGAAUAUUCCUUGUCAUUCAUUUUUGUGGUAAACAGCAUAGAUAAAUUGCCUUUCAUACUAUUUUUUUAUGUUCAUGGAUAUAUAAUGAAGUUUAUUUGUUUGUCAAGCUUACUGAUAAAAAAAAUUUUGAUCAAUGUUUUCCUAAAAUACAUUAAUUUUGACACUGAGGCCACAACAAAUUGACAGAUUUUCAUGAUUUUUCAAGUUUUAUUUACAACAUUUCCUGAAGACAAAUUGCACAUGUGGACAAAUUUUAGUACAUGCAAUAUGAUAUGAUACCAACAUAACUAGUCCUAUAUAUACAUAAUUAAUGAUAAUAUGUUCAUCCUAUUUGGCGCACCUAAAAUUUGUAAAAUGAAUUCAACAUUUGUAUGCGUCCGGUAGGGUGGCAUAUAGCACUCGCACAUCAGUCUGUUAGUCUGUCAUUCCGUCCAUUCAGCAUCUGUUUCCAGAGUUUGUUUCCUUAACACUUGCAGAUAUUGACUGGAUUUUUGGUUUGUGAGUCAACCUGGAUGACUUACAGAUCAUGUUUGAGUUUCGUUUAGGAUUUUUGGGCAUGGAGUUUCACAAAUACAGUUCUUGAUUUUUAUUGCUCACUAUAUUAGCCCAUUUGGCCAUGCAUCCAAAGAGGAGUAGUUGUUUUUUCUGUUCAUUUUGGUUUAGUUUACAUAUUUUACAACAUUAAACUGUUAUUUUUGGUUUAACAGUUAAUAGAACAAAUUGCAGUAAUCAAUGAAUGCGUGUGGCACAAAUAUUGAACAAAUAUGUACAUAACAUGUUUUAUUAGUCAGCGCCUUGAGUUUGCCUCUGAUUUAGUCAGUCGAGCAACUGAUAAAUAUGUUGUGGCCUGAAUAAUAUGCAAAAACUAGGAUAUGUUGUUUUAAGUUGAUUAACUUUCUCUUGAACACAUUUUUAUAAGAUGAGUAAUUAUUGCAUAAAAUUAAAUAAAAUAACUAAACAAUAAUUCAGAUUUUAUUAAAUUUUAAAGAACAAGACAAUUUAUAAGACAAUUAAUAAUAAUUGUUUUAUAUUCAUUUUUUAAUACCACAUGAAAUGUAUAAUAAAUUUAUUAUUCAGAUUCAAAUAGAAACUUAAACUAUAACUUACAAAUGACAAUCUAUCUCACAAACUCUGGAAAGCACAUACUUUAUAGCAUAAUAAUUUUUU